UUGUCUUCAAGUCACAGUUCACCGGUUGCUUUCCAACAAUUAACACAGCAAGGAGAAGCUCCUCUGCAGCAGUGCGAGAGAGUGGUAGUGUGUUAAGUGUUUCCUCUUAGAGAGAUUUAAAAAGACUUUGCAAGGCAAGUCCCCAGUCAGUGUGGUGUCCGCCGAGAACCCCGGAAGAUAUCCAGCAGAAGAAAAUAAACGUCUCCAGUUGCAAAAUGAAGCAGUUUGUUGUGUUGUUUGCCGUUUUGGCCGUAGCGGCCGCCGCGCCCCAGUCGGAAACCGACGGAUUAUUGACCAGCGCACUCAAGUUCGUCAAGGACUGCGGCGACAAGUCGAUGGUGCUCUGCGUCAAGGAACGUGCCUUGCAGUAUGUGGAAGGUGUCCAGGGUGACAUCGAGAUCACCGAAGGAAUCAAGCUGGUCGAAACUGAGAAGCCCGCCGCCGGAGGACGCUCGUUGAACGAAAUCGACCUGCCAGCCGAGCCAGAAGCCCGCGAAUCCGAAAUCGACAGCCUGCUGGUCGACCGCGCCGCCCGUUUCCUCGGAUCGCACACCCUGCAGUUCAAGGUUCCCAAGGACUCCAUUGAGGACAUGCAGCGCUCCCUGGAUGAAGCCCGUGGCAAGAAGAAGAAGGUCAAGAAGCUGCUCCUCCCUCUGCUGUUGCUGUUCAAGCUGAAGGCCGCCGCCCUGCUCCCAUUGGCCAUCGGUUUCCUGGCUCUGAUCGCCUUCAAGGCUCUGAUCGUCGGCAAGAUCGCCCUGAUCCUGUCCGCCAUCAUCGGCCUCAAGAAGCUGUUCGACAAGAAGCCAGAGCAGAGCUACGAAGUCGUCGCCCACCCGCACUACUCGCACUCGACCUCCUUCGACGAUCACCACGGAUACGCUCGUUCCCUGGAUGCCCAGAACCUGGCUUACUCCGCUCACCCCCAGUAAGAAGAGCCGCUUGCCAUAACAAGUUCUGUGUGUAGCGAGAAUUUGAGCCAACCCUCAGUUCCCCCGAGUUCCCACCCCAAAAGAAGCGCGAGUCCUCUGGAACACACCCUGCUCUCCUUCGGCCCAGUCGGAAUCCUCCAGAAGGAAACCACACUCACAUCCACACACACACCCCUCACACAAUCACACCCACAUAGUUAAGUAGGUUACAAUUCGCCGCGGUCAUCCCGAUGGAUCCCAAGGAACGCAAGCGCUCAAAGAGACAACCCCCGCCGGACGGCUUCAGCCCCCUGGCGAAAGGGUGUGUUACAUGCUCAAACUACCCCUUACUCCCCCCAAAAACCCUCCCCCCGCUAACAUGACCACUCUCUUAGAUUAAUUUAAUUUAUUUUGCGAUGAUGCGAUGAGAUGCAGCAGUUGACGACGAAAAACGCGUAUUUAAUAAUUUAUUUUGCUCGAGAAUAUUUAUUUAGAGAUUAUUUGUUUUUAGGUAGUAAUUUUCUUCUUUCUCGAACCAGAAAACCUCAACAACUUCUGUCAACUCGUCUAACCUCUAUCGCUCUGUGUGACUUUAGCUCCUUCUUCUCAAGUGCCUCCUAACUCUUAAAAAACACUGUAAUACCAAAUAAUGCUCACACACGAUCACGAUCAAGAUUAGAUUGACCUCCAGGCGAUUCCUGGAUCUCCGGACUCGAAAUCCGACCGGGAGUCUGCCGCAAGCUAAACGUACUCGUGAAAUGUUAAAGUUUAUAUUAAACUGUAGUAGCGACUUCUGUUACGCGAAAAAUUAGUCCUUUCUUACUCUUAAACUCUCUUUAAGGAGCGGGGCUUGCCACCUGCUCCGGAACUCUACCAAAACACUCAUACUCAAGAUAGCAUCUAACUCUUCUCUACCUCGGAUCUCCUCCAAGAGCGUCCCCUUCUGGGCGUAGCAUUUUCUCUCAAUUUUUCUCGUUUAAAACUCCAAAUAACUGAAUUCUUCAUUCUCAAACGCUCGUUCUUCGCGUGUCUCCCCCCUUUCAAUUCUCAUUUUCUCUCUCCUUUCUCUCUCAAACUACUGUUCUCUAGCGCGUUCCUCUCUUCAUAAUCCUAACUUUCCUUCCCUUCGCACGCUGCGGAGCGCGCCCUUUUCCUCCGGAAAGGAAAAAGCUUACACAAUCUUAAAAACAAAUAUCUACCCUGAACAAAAACGUCACCCCGUUUUGUAAGAAUGAUCUGUUCUGUUAUUUAUUGUUUAAAUUAUUGAAAGAAAAAAA